UGAGCGGCAUUGUGGCGGAUCCAGUGCGCAAUGCGGCAGCCGCGAUGAGCAGCAGGAUGGCGCCGGAUCGUGGCAGCACCGGCAGCAUCGGGCGCAAUCUGUCGGGGCUAGGAAGGCGCAGUGUGGCCAAGCUGAGGCCCGCCAAGGCUCUGAUCAUCCGCGACAGCUCCUCGGUCGCGGAUGCGUGCCGGCGCAUGGCGGCCGCUCGGAUUGACGCUGUCUUGCUCACGGAUUCCGACUCUGUGCUAUGUGGGAUUUUCACAGACAAGGAUGUGGUGGCUAGAGUGAUUGCCAAGGGUCUUAAGCCCGAAGAAACCUGUGUCUCCUCAGUUAUGACCAGGAACCCAGUCUAUAUUCCCAGUGAUGCGCUAGCCGAUCAUGCCCUCCGGAAGAUGAUUCGAGGGAAAUUUAGGCACCUGCCUGUUGUUGACAAUGGACAAGUUAUUGCUCUCGUGAACAUGAAGAAAUGUUUGUACGAUGCAAUUGUUACGCUGGAGUGGCAUAUGGCAGCGUCAUUUGCUGCUAUGCAUCCGGAAAAGAUCUCCGCAGCGUCCAUUGAAGCUCUCCGGGAUCAAACAUUUCAACCGACGUUAGGAUCUUUGAUAAUGCAAUCUUUCAAUGCAGUCACAAUCUGUCCGAAUGAAACGGUGGAUACGGCCACAAAGAAGAUGCUAGAGUUCAGCAGCGACUAUGUUAUUGUAGCUUCUGGCAGGAAUCCAGUGGGCAUUUUCACGUCGAAGGACCUGCUAAUGCGAGUUGUUGCUAAAGGCCUUUGCCCAACCUCCACAGCCAUUGAAAAGGUGAUGACACGGAAUGUGGAGUGUGCCUCGUUAGACACGGCAGUCGUGGAUGCCCUGCAUAUCAUGCACGAUGGCCGCUUUUGCCACUUACCCAUUCUGGACCAAGAUAGGAACGUGGUUGGAUGCGUGAGCGUCAUGGCUCUCGUGGAAUGCGGCCUUGCCAGCGUAAGCCAGAAGCUCCCAAGGGGCAGAGUUGAUUAUUGUGUAACGCUCCAGGUUGAGGAAGAAAUUGUGAAACUGGAUGCAUCAAACUCCGUUACCACAGCAUGCAGCGACUCUGCAAACUUGACAUCCGAGUUGAUUGCCGUGAAAACUGUCUACCCGUCCCUGUGGCUAGCAAAUUUCUUCUCCUUCAAGGUAGAAGACCCGAAAGGCUGUGUCCAUCGCUUCACUUGCGGUACCUUGGUCUAUCCGCGUCAUCAUCGUCACUAUCAUAACCUGUGUCACGCAGGGACACAAAGCCUUGAAGAAGUCCUUGCAACAGUUUCGGUCCGGAUUGGCUGCGAGGACGAGAACCUCCAACUCUUGUACAAAGACGAUGAGGGCGACUUGAUACUUUUGUCCAGCGACAACGACUUGGCGCUGGCCGUGGCCUCCGCAAAAGCUUACGGAAUGAAGGUAUUGAGGCUUUACGUCGACUGCCCACACACGGCGGGCAAGCUGUGCAGAUGGAAAUCGCUUCGCAGGACGGUGAUUGCAUCCAUUCUGGUGAUCGUUGGCCUUGGCUUCCUCAUCCAUGCAAGACAGACUGGCAACGAGCCAUGGAAGCUCGCCUGGAACCGGGUUCUCAGCUUUAGGCAGCGGCAAGAAGAAGAUCUGUGACAUCACUUGAUGCUAUAACAACCGUAUCUCCUUCUUUGACGAUGUUACUACCUGGUUUAAAUCCCAAAAGCUUCGUUGACAAAA